AAAAUGAAAAUCGCAAAUACGUCUCUACAGGAAUACAUGGGCGACUUAAAAGCCACGAAAGCCAAGCUGGGUUUGUAUUCGUCUUAGUCAAAGGCACGUGACAUCGUACUUAAGUUUUUUGCUGUUACAGUCAUUAGUAGAUGGGCUUAAAUAAACAGAAUUAGUACAUGACGACAUGAACAUAAUGAGCUAAACGGUAUAGGACUUAUGCUGCAAGAGGAAAUAUGCUGCAUGCCAUCCAUUGUAAACAAUUGAUUUAAAGCUUUUAUAGCCUAUACCGAAUACUCCUCAAUAAAGUAUUUCAACUGCCUGAGGUCAAAACAUAAUUUCUUAAGUUUUUACCUGGCUACAACACUAACAAAGUAAAAAUAAAAAUUAUUUAUAUAUUAUAUAUAUAUAUAUACGUUUUCUGGAGAUACCUCCACAAAUAUACCAUGCUAAUUCUAAUGCAUUUUGCCUGCUUGGAUUGCAGUAAAUAAAAUGAGGCAGAAAUGGCAUUUGAUCAUUUAUUAUCAUUAUUGGCAGUAAGUGGAGUAUUUUUGAUCCAUUAUUGUCCCAAAUAGACGUCUUAUUUGUUCUUUAUUUCAAAACAAGUAAUUGGUAAAUUCUAGUUAACUCUAGAAACAGACCAUGGUGGUGUGGUAUGAUAGGAGAGGACUUUUCCAUUGUGUGUAUGCGUGCGUGUGUGAUAGAGAGGGGGAGAGAGAGAGAGAGAGAGAGAGAGAGAGAGAGAGAGAGAGAGAGAGAGAGAGAGAGAGAGAGAGAGAUAGAAAUAGAGAGAGACUUCGCGCACAAUGGCGGAAAAUUUAAGGUACAUUGGCGAAUGCUCUGGUUCCUUAUCCGGGGACUACAUCGCCCCAUGCCAUUGGGCCAUCAUAUCACGUGGUAAAAGUAACUUUACAGGGUUGCUCGCUAGUAGGAGGGCUUUAUGGAGCAGAAAAACGACAAAGCUAGAAAAAUUAUUUUCCACUCCAGAAAUUAAUGAUCAUGAGCUCGUAUUUGAUGGACUCUAACUACAUCGAUCCGAAAUUUCCUCCUUGCGAGGAAUAUUCGCAAAAUAGCUACAUUCCCGAACACAGCCCCGAAUAUUACAGCCGUGCAAGGGAUAGUGGCUACCAGCAUCACCACCAGGAGUUAUACCCUCCACGGGCAAGCUACCAGGAGCGUCAAUACAACUGUGCAAGCAUCCCUGAACCUGAUACUCAAAGAGGACAUGGACUGCCUCAUGCGGGGCACCUGCUCGGAAAAGGGCAAUCUGCCUCAUGUGAGCCCCCACCGUUACCCCUAUCUCCAGCUACCCCUCCGGCUGCAUCCUCCGCCUGCAAUCAAGCCACCCCGGAGCAUCCCAACAGCUCAGCCUCUGCCAAACAACCCGUGGUGUACCCAUGGAUGAAGAAAAUUCACGUCAGCACCGUGAACUCUAGUUACAAUGGAGCGGAACCCAAGCGGUCUAGAACUGCUUACACUCGCCAGCAAGUCUUAGAAUUGGAGAAGGAAUUCCACUAUAAUCGGUACUUAACACGGCGAAGACGAAUCGAGAUUGCUCAUUCCUUGGUCCUCUCGGAGAGGCAAAUCAAAAUUUGGUUUCAGAACCGCAGGAUGAAGUGGAAAAAAGACCAUAGGCUGCCAAACACCAAAGUCAGAUCUUCGUCUUCAACGGGCAUUUCCUCCGUGUCCAACACAAGCUCAACGGCUGGCAUUGUGGCGGCAGCUUCCACCACUAACACCAUGUCAGCCUCCGAAGACCUCUCCGGAACAGAGCGUGGCGAGGAUAUUACAAGGUUAUAAGAGAACUAUUUCAAGGAGAGAAGGGGAGAUCAAAAUGACUGAUUAUUUAUCAAAUAUAAUAUAUUUUGUUUUCGUAGGUAUCUUGUGCGUAAAGGGGAUUCCUUUCAGUCCACAGUUAUAUAAAAUGCAUGUUAUAUAGCAUGGAUUACUGCGAAUACCUAUGGAUUAUUUUUUACGCAAAACAGGGUUUAAUUUAUUAAAGCUCAAUCAAUAUGAUGUUUUUCCCAGGAGUAGUGUUUUGGACGAAGCAGGUUAUGGACAUUUUAUUCAAAUGUUAUUUGUGGGCCUUUCUUUGCCCAGCUGCCAAGGUGAAGUGCACAACUGAUCUAUUUAUUUCUCGCUCGAGAGAGGGGAUACUUUUUUGUACUGUAAAUGAAAAACAUUAUCGUCGAUAUCGAUAGAAAAUCUUAAACGUCUUUGUUUUCUUUAAAAGUACAACAUGCUGUGGAUUAUCUGUCGUAUGGAAAGGUUAUGAUUUUAAAUUAUCAUUUAGUUUUGUUGUAAUGGCGUUGUGUUUAGGCUAUUAACAGCAGAUUGUUGUUAGAUGCAAUAAAACCAGUUUAGUGUAUUUGUGCUAAAUAUAUUGGUCAA